CGCCUCCCCACAGCACCGGAGGCAGGGCAGAAGAAGGAUGAGCUGACUGCACGGACAUUAAAUCACCUCAAGUCCCUUUGUUUGAUCCGAACUUUCCUCGUGUUUGCUUUUUUUUCCCCCCAUUGAGUCCGGCUCGUGCCGCACGCCUUCCCGCCCCGCGUCUCGUAGUUUCGGACACGGAGCGUUGCGUUUGAGGACCGUUCGGCGGGGAUGUAGCGGAGGGCGAGCCCACCUAACGCCGCUUUUAUUCGUUACGCGGGAGUGUGCUGGUUUUAGUUGAGGACGUUUUCUUUUGAGCUGCUGCUGGUUUUAUUGGAACUAGAACACUUCAUUGCAGAAUCUACCCAGCGUUUUUUCGUAUCGAAGGUGGGUUGCUGCAUGAUGACCGACGCAAGGAGGUGGUAACUGAACCCUUUCUCAUUUCCCACCACAUACCCCUUUGCACAUCCCCCAAUGAUGACUAUGAGCUCUAUAUCGGACACUUUGGUCCCGCACGAUCCCUCGAAGUCGGCGUUCUUAGAGUUCGGCGGCCACGGGUACCCCGGACACCAGCAGCCCUCCCCCGGCCUGUCGCACAACCAUUACCCGGUCCACGGUCUCCACGCGGUGGGCCACUCGCAGCACGAAGGACACUUCUCCCCCGGCGCAUCCUCCUACGGUCGCCCGCUGGGAUACCCAUCCUAUCACGGCCCCGUGAGCGCGCACCACCCAGGUGCCUACCUGCCCUACCAGCACGGAGGUCACGGCGGCGCGCUCGGACACAGCAGACUGGACGAUUCCGAGCACGAGAAGCCAACCACGGUGAUAGAAAACGGGGAGGUGCGGCUCAACGGGAAGGGGAAGAAGAUCAGGAAGCCUCGCACCAUCUACUCCAGCCUGCAGCUCCAGGCCCUCAACCAGCGCUUCCAGCAGACCCAGUACCUCGCGCUGCCCGAGAGGGCCGACCUGGCAGCCAAACUGGGCCUGACGCAGACCCAGGUGAAAAUAUGGUUCCAAAACAAACGGUCCAAAUACAAGAAAAUCAUGAAGAAUGGGCCCUGUGGACUUGAAGGAGACCACCUGGCCCCCCCACCCGCGUCCUCCUCCUCCCCGUGCUCUCUGUGGGACAUCAACAUGGCCGCCAAAGGGGCGCCGGUGCAUUCAGGAGGAUACAUGAACAACUUUGCUCCCUGGUACACGGGACACCAGCAGGACUCCAUGCCAAGGACUCAGAUGAUGUGAGAGUGCGGAAGGACGCAGCGCUUUUGGGACAAACGGUGGAUUUAUUGCCACCGAGGGACACAGACUUUGUCGCGGUGGAGCCCAGCGCCUCUGGAGGGUCAAAAUAACACCGCUGGCAGAGAUCGGCGAUCAGAUACUGGAACAAUCUCCUUGAAGCAAACUCAUUGUGCAUGACAUUUUAAACUCAAGCUCGAGUCCCGCACGUCGCGUGCUAAACUCACGUCACACGGCCUACCCAACUCCUGUAAUGUAUGUUAGUUAAGUUAUGUAACAACCCCCAAAAUCUCAGGACUUUCAACCACGAGGCCGAUCCUCAUGCCAUGUACAAAUGGACAUUAAUUUGCACCGAGUAUCGACCUUAACCUCCAUACAGAACUUAACAACGUAACAAACGUUUUAUUAUUUUGAACUCAACCCUUUUAGAAACUUCUCUACAUGUUGUCUUGUUACAAAUAAAUAAGCAAUAACAUGAAUCACCUUCCACCAUGAGCGGUACGUCAGCCUUUUGUCCAGGCCUAUUGGACU